AUGAAAACCACAAAAGCACCUCCUUUGGACCCCUCUUCGAACCGCAGAGCCCAGCCUCUACGGCAGACACGAAAUAAUCCACCCAGGUCUUCAAUCUCUGGCUCUCGACCUUUGGGAUCAAGAAAUUCGAUUGCCGGUGGUGAUGGAGCACCGAUUGCGGAUCAGACCGUCGAAAUAUUUCCUGCGAUAACCCAGUUCGCAGAUGCUAUAUCUGCGUUGCCAAAGGAACUCGUGCGACACUUUACAUUACUCAAGGAAGUCGAUGCGAAAGUCUUUGGACCUGAAGAGGAGCUCGCAAGACUCGUCGACAUUGCGCUCAACACCCCACCACCGACAACAACACUCAAUUAUCCUUCCAUGGCAAGACCUGCCUCUACGAAUAAGCAUCAUAAUGUGUCCAGCACAAAUGGUUCAACAGCAAAUGGCAACGGUGGGCCUGCGGGCAUGGCGAUGGAGAUGCAGGGGGAAUCGUUCGUCCCCGUCAAUCCAGCGUAUGCUAUUUAUCAUGCUCCUAACAUGCCUAGAAGACGACAAUUUCAAGCGUGUGCUAGUUAUAUGCAAAAUAUGCUGGUAUCUCUCGAUGAGAAAAACCAUGUUAUCUCGACCGCUGGCGAAGCACUAAAUAAACAACUCGCACGUCUCGAUCAAUGUUUCCCCCACAUCGAGAAAGAAGUUAGUGAAGAGGCACGACACGGCAGUCUUACACAUUGGGCAUAUCCUGAGAAUCGAACAUCUAAAGCGAAUCCUGGUGGUAGCUCUAGAAAGGACGUCCCCCCGGUAAAUAACCUUAGUGCCGCGGCACAACAUCUAGCAGACGAACACGCUGCGAGGAGUGAUGCGAGAAAGCAAGCAUUGCUUGCAAGGAAAGGAGCCAAAACCCAACAUGCAGACUCGGAUUUCGACGAUUCUCAAGAAGGGAAGAAAGCAGAUUCAAAUAAGAGGCCGCAUGGAAAUAGUAAAGCUCGGAAAGCUACUACUGCCGAGACCCCAACGGGCGUUGGACUUGGGAUAACAAACGGAAAUGGCACAAACGGAAACCCCCCUAAGAGACGAAAGAUUGAGAAAAGUACAAUUGCUGGACCAUCAACGGAGCGUGCUCUAAAUGGGAUUUUUGGCAAUACUGGAACCGUCUCGAAGGGCAAGGCAGCGAGUCCCAGGCCGACUCCAGCACCGGAUGGAACCAAGAAACCAGCAAGAGCCAGAGCCGCACCCAAUGGACAAGCAAGAAAAAGAAAUAACACCGUAACCUCCGCAAUGUCGCCAUCAUUAGCAUCCUCUCCGAUUCGAACUACAUUUCCCGAUAUCAAACCACCGGGGCGAGCAUCACCUGCUCCUACAAAUGGUGCGAGGCCGGCUUCAUCAAGGGCUAGAAAGGAUUCAGUACAAUCGCUUGCAGAUUCAGCACAGCGACCUCCAUCCUCAGCAUCGAACAAGCUGAACGGAAUUGUACCUGGCACGCCUGAUCUGGCUGCUGCUGCAAGCGUGACCGGGAAAACCGUUCCGGAGGUCAAGGCAACAAUGAAAGAGACUGGUACAAAUGCCAAGGGAGAACAUCUCCUUGAGGAUGCUCAACCACAAAAUCCCGAAGUACUAGGCGGCAUUGUGGUUGGGAGCAGCAGCGAGAGUAUGAAACGAGAAGAGACUGUAGAAUCAAAUGGAGAUUCCAUGCAGGGCAUUCAAUCAACAACAAUAACCACCACAAAGAGUGGCAGAGCAAGCAAACCAUCAACACCAGCAAUGCCUUCUUUCGUCGAGCCAGCCCGCUCAAGGUCAUCGCGCAGUAUUCCAGAUCCCGUAUCUACGGCCAAAAGGAGCCACAAGAAAGGGGCAGGUGCCGCCGCUCAACUCAUCGCCCAGCAAAACUUGGAAAUUGAUGAUACGACAAGUAGUGCGCAAGGCGACGAUGAGGACGCUGAGAUUGAUGCAGAUGAGCCUACCUACUGUUACUGCAAUGGCGUUAGUUACGGCGAGAUGGUAGCAUGUGAUAAUCUCAGUUGUGAGAAGGAGUGGUUCCAUCUCGAAUGUGUGGGCUUAAGAGUCGCACCCAGGGGUAAUACAAAAUGGUACUGUGAUGAUUGUAAAGAGAAAAUGAAGAACAAGCGCUUCAAUAAUGGACGAUGA